CGGCAUGGGAAGUGUACAAAGGACCAGAUCCAUAUGUUGCGUGGGCUUGUGUUAGGAACGCCAAACUGCCCCCAAACACAUGCAGAAGAACCUCCCUGGUGUGAAGCGGUAUUGGUGACAGCGCGUCAUGCAGUUCGAACACAAUGGAACGAACUUGCAUUGCGGUUACAUUGCUGCAGAACAGGGACAGUGUUAUAUCGAUUCCAUGCCAAGGAUACCACAGAAAAACGGGAAUUGAGACUGUCGGAACGAUGGGCAAUAGCCCGCCACAUGUUCAAAGAGGAGGGUCAUACAGCCAGAUUGAGACGACAGGGAGGGUUGCCAAGUGUCGUGGAAUUAGCAAUCGGAGGCAAAGUCAUUAUAACAACGAACUUAGACACUGACAUCGAUGUCGUGAACGGAGUUCGAGGGCAGAUAGUUGGGAUAUGGGCAGAUCCUCAGGACUCAGACAUGACGGGUGCUGUGCAAGAAAUGAAGUACCCACCUAGUUGCGCUCUAGUGAAACUAGAGUGAUAUCAAGGACCAGAAAUAGAAGAGCUGGGAGAGUCAACAAUUCCAAUCUUUCCCAUCCAACGAACAUUCAAGGUAAAGAUGCCCAAUGGAGACAAGAAAGUGAUCAACAGGAGACAAAUAACGAUGGAUGCUGCUUACGCUUUUACAGAUUAUCGAGUCAUCGGUACACCCUUGAGAGGGACCCUUACACCAUUUAACGCGUACGUCACAUUAUCAAGAGCUCAAGGACGUGCCAAUGUACGAUUGCUUCGAGACUUCAAGGACACA